AUGAAGUUCCUAACCUGGAAUGUCAGGGGCUGCAAUGCCCUUAACAAGCGACGUUUGGUCAAAAGAGGUUUUGAUCAGGCCAAGCCAGAAGUUAUUUGUAUUCAGGAGACUAAGUUGGGUCGUGAAGAUGCUGCGUGUAUUUUUGGGGUAAGGCAGAAAUGGUCGGGUCACUUUGUGGAUUCAGAUGGGGCAUUGGGUGGUCUGGGUAUUCUGUGGAAUCCUUUGGCUAUUCAAGUGGAAGUUGUUUCAAGUUAUAAGCAUUGGCAGAUGGUUAAGGUGAUUUCGAAGACUAUGAAUUUCUCAUGUUUUCUUGUUAAUGUCUAUGGGCUGACUUUGGUUGUAGAUAAGUGCAGAUUAUGGGAGGAUAUCUCCAGGCGUCUAGAGGAAGUGAGGCCGUCUUUAGCAAUUAUUGCUGGAGAUUUCAAUGCCACCCUCUCUUCCUCUGAGAAGCAUGGAGGGGUGAGGAGGUUGAGCCGAUCGCAAUUGGACUUCCAAUCUUUUGUUAACGAGAAUGCUCUGUUUGAAGUGGCAGCUAAAGGUGGGGAUUACACAUGGACUAAUAGACAUAGAGGCUUUUCCAAUAUUGCUGAGAAACUAGAUAGAUUCUUCCUUGCAGGGGAUUGGAAUGUAGCCCCUUUGGUUUUUGAGGCUGAGGUCCUAGCCAUCUCAGGUUCAGACCAUUUUCCGGUCUCCUUGGUUGUGCAGAAUGAUGGUGUUCCAAUUCGAUGUCCCUUCAAGGUGGAAAAGAUGUGGACUAGGGAUCCAAGUUUUAAAGAGCUUGUAGUUGGGUGGUGGAAGGGUGGGGAGAAAGCACCAAGGCCAGAUGAGUUUCGAGCUUUCUUUUUUCAAUUCUUCUGGGAUGAGCUUGGUGAGGAUUUGCUUGAAGUGGUUGAAGAGUCUAGGUCCAGAGGCUUUGUUUUGAAGGAAUUCAACUACACUUUAGUGGCGCUUAUUCCUAAAAAGGCCAAGCCAGCUGGGAUGGAGGAGUUUCAUCCCAUUUCAUUGUACACUAUCUACAAAAUCGUUACAAAAGUGGCUGCUAACAGGCUUAAGUUAAUUCUUGAUAAGCUAAUCUCUUGUGAACAAAGUGGUUUUACUCCUGGAAGGAAUAUUGUGGAUGGGGUGAUUGUGGCCCAUGAAGCUAUUCACACGGCUAUGAAGGGUAGAUAG